UCUUCAAGAUUUUAUUAAAGCUUUUCACUUGCUCUAGUAUCGAAAGUGCAAGAUUCGAUUGUGCUGUUUGGUGCCGGGAUUCAAUCUUGUGCCGAAGAUUUUUAGUUGAACAGGAUUAUCUUAAAAGUGAUGAAUGGAUUUGUUUCAAGUGCUGACUUUAUUUUGUUUGACAUACAUUCAUUUUUGAAUGGGGUUUCUAUGUAUGUACCGAAUGAAAGUGCUAUCAUGCAGUUAUAUUGAUCCCAGUUCGAAUGAGAAAGACGAUCGAGCUAUUUAAUAAGAUUACCUUCAUUUUUUCACAAAAUAUCGAAUAACAUAUCGCGAGAUCUUAUGACGUGUGUCGGUAUGCUUUAAAGGCAUACCCUUCCUUUCAAUUAUACUCCUUGCAAUAUCCUCACCCGCUAAUAAACGGUCGGUCCAAGCAUUUUUACAUUUAUAUAUCGGUUUAUACAAAGCCAAAAAGGAGUUUCACUGUGGAACUGAAUCUAUGUCUGCAUACAUACACGACGCAAUUGUCAAUUAAAUAUCUGCUCUCGUUAGACAUUGGUGAGUUUUAAUCUUGUGUGCGUGUUUUUAUUACGAAUACUUUUGAAGACAUUUUUUGAUUAUCAACGGCUGCUUCCAAUUGGCAAGUGAAUACUAUGAAGCAAAUACUCUCCAGUAGAUGUUGACAUAAGAUUUCUCCACCAUGGAGAUAAACGUAUUAUUGGGUCACACGAUUCGCCCAUAUAGUAUAGGGCAUUUAGUGAUAUGCACAUUAGGAAUUUUUGGAUUAGUUGGCCGUCUUAUAGAUGCACGUCAUCACGAUAACGGAAAUUUACUGCAACAACACCCAUUGAUGGGGCAAAAUUUUGAGUCGCCUUCCUCACCAGCUUCCGCAUCGUCAUCUGUGUCUUCCAUAUCAUCUUCUUCAAUACCGUCAGAAUCAAAGAGAACCAAUGAUGAAAUCUUUACACCAUACUUAGGGCACGGCGAAGUAGUUCGUAUUAUUGACCCAGAGUUAGGUACUCUGGAACGCGAAGAUACUCUUGACAGUGAUCAAAACCAUGCCACUGCACACCAACAAAAGGCAGAAAAAAGUCAUGAGAAAGAUUCUCAACAGCAGACGCAACAUUCCAGGCGUAGGGUGGUCAGUAGACGAGAAUCGAAUAAUGAACCUGACGAUGACCUACUUGUAAUACAGACAGACAAGGGUAAAAUUCGUGGUAUUACUCUUACAGCACCAACUGGAAAGAAAGUAGAUGCUUGGUUGGGCAUUCCAUAUGCCCAGCCCCCUAUUGGAGCAUUACGUUUUCGCCAUCCUCGGCCGGCUGAGCGGUGGACGGGUAUUCUAAAUACUACUACACCGCCUAAUUCAUGCGUUCAAAUUGUUGAUACAGUUUUCGGUGACUUCCCCGGAGCCACUAUGUGGAAUCCUAAUACACCCCUCUCAGAAGAUUGUUUAUAUAUUAAUGUUGUAGUUCCUCGGCCUAGGCAAAAAAAUCUUCCUGUUAUGCUAUGGAUAUUUGGAGGAGGUUUCUAUUCUGGCACUGCAACGUUGGAUGUUUACGAUCAUAGGAUACUUGCAGCUGAAGAGAAUGUCAUCGUUAUAUCUAUGCAGUAUAGAGUUGCAUCGUUAGGGUUUCUGUUUUUGGGCACUCCUGAAGCGCCUGGUAACGCUGGAUUAUUUGACCAAAAUUUGGCUUUGAGAUGGGUUCGUGAUAAUGUCCACCGAUUUGGUGGCGAUCCAGCUCGCGUUACAUUAUUUGGUGAAAGUGCCGGAGCAGUAUCUGUGUCAUUGCAUUUAUUGUCAGCAUUGUCUCGUGAUUUAUUCCAACGUGCUAUAUUAGAAAGCGGAUCACCAACCGCUCCAUGGGCGCUUGUAUCCCGGGAAGAAGCAACACUAAGAGCUCUCCGAUUAGCUGAAGCAGUCAACUGUCCACACGAUCCGAACGAGCUCUCCGAAACAAUAGAAUGUUUGCGCAGUAAGGAUGCUACUGUUCUUGUUGACAACGAGUGGGGAACAUUAGGCAUCUGCGAAUUUCCCUUCGUCCCUGUCGUAGAUGGCGCAUUUUUAGAUGAAACUCCGCAAAAAUCAAUGAUGCACGGACGGUUCAAAAAGACAGAUAUUCUAACGGGGAGUAACACGGAAGAGGGGUAUUAUUUUAUUAUCUACUAUUUGACCGAAUUAUUACGAAAGGAGGAAGAUGUAACAGUUACGAGGGAAGAAUUUUUACAGGCUGUAAAAGAAUUGAAUCCGUACGUAAAUACGCCUGCUAGACAAGCUAUAGUAUUUGAAUAUACCGAUUGGGUUGACCCGGAAAAUCCUCACAGUAACCGAGAUGCUCUAGAUAAAAUGGUUGGCGAUUAUCACUUUACUUGUAAUGUAAAUGAGUUUGCUUACAGAUAUGCUAAAGACGGUAACAACGUAUAUAUGUACCUAUAUACACAUCGCAGUCGUAGUAACCCAUGGCCACAUUGGACUGGCGUAAUGCACGGAGACGAAAUAAAUUAUGUGUUUGGUGAGCCAUUGAACCCAACAUUGGGCUACACUGAAGAAGAAAAAGAUUUUAGUAGGCGUAUAAUGAGAUACUGGAGCAAUUUUGCUAAAUAUGGAAAUCCAAACCCAGCACCUUCCAAUAGGUUCCCAGAAUGGCCAAAACAUACUGCUCAUAGUAGACAUUAUAUGGAGUUAGGACUGAAUUCGUCAUCUGUAGGGAAAGGUCCACGCUUACGUCAAUGCGCUUUUUGGAAGGAAUAUUUGCCACAAUUAGUAUUAUCAACAACUAUGACUACAACUGCGUCAACACAAACUCCUUGUACCAAUACAUCGAAUCAUACUGAGUGCAAUAUAGCUACUCUGAUUAUAACGACACUUCUGCUUACAACCAUUCAUAGCAUCUGGCGGAUGGAAGGAAUGAAGUGAAUAUUCCUAGCCUCAAUACAGCUGAUCUAUACAUACAUAAAUGAAACGGAAGUUUGUAUUGAAUUAUUAUUUUCUGCAUAUUUGCUUGAAUUGUUGCAUAAUUCAAAACACAAUAUAAGAUUAGAAAAGUGAUGCAUGAAGAUUCAUACUCAAUAUAAAAGAGAAAUGCAUAUGAAAAAUUAAUUGAUGAUCCAAAGGUACGAGAAGAGGACAUUUAUUAUUGGGCAUUUCCUAAGGUGAACUUUGAGGAGGAAAGUCUAGUAAUGGCUACCUCUAGGACACGCGUAAAUACAUCAUCUAACACUUCGUCGAUAUAAUAAUUCAGUCGGAUGAAGUCGUUCAUAUAUAUAUAUAUUGUUGCUUGGUUUGUUUUUUACAAAUACAAUAUUUGAACGUAAGGGAAAAUAAUUUAAACAGAUUUGGUUUAGCUCGAAAAAUAAACAGCUGUAUUACUAUUUUUUAUAUUGAUAGCUGAAUAUUCGCGGUAAAUUUGUUGAGCUUACACCAAAAAUCGGUGCAAGUAAAUAUAUGUUUUUUCUUCUUAUUUCCAAUACUAUGACCAAUUAUAGCUCUGAACUUAGAUAUUAAUGAAUAAGUCACUGUUUCUCACGUUGUUAACGGCACUAUAUUUGCCUAAAAUGUAAAACAGAAACCUCUUUGAUUACUGAGCAGCCCCAAUAAUUGACCUAAUUUAAUAUAAGUUUUUAAAAAUUUGUCAUAGUUUUCUUUUUACAAACACAUGUACAGGUUAAGGCGUUUUUCAAUUUGCAUAGAAUUAAAUAGACAUACUUUUUAUUAAUAAUGUUUGAUUUUGUACGGAAUCGAAAUGCUUGCAGUGUAACUUAACACUAAAAAAUGAUUAGUGUUUUUUACAAAACAUAGAUAAUUAGUAGCAGGAUGUUGUUGACUUUAUCAACCAUCCCAUGCGGUCUUUGUUUGCAAACCCCCCACAAUUUAAUGUUAAAUUAAGCAGGAUUCUGUAGCCAUAAUAGAUGAAUUCUUUAAAUAAACUAAUGGCUAGUUUCAACUUGAUGAAGCAUACCAUAAUACGCUUUCGAACAUAGAAAUAAUAUUAGUGAAUUUAAUAAAUUAAUUUGAUUACCUUAAACGUGGCUCUAACAAUAUAGAUGCACAAUCAUGGAAACUUCUUGUCAUUAUCCAUAACAUGCAAAUUAAAUUUCUUAAAACUUUAAUGUAGAAAGCAUAUCAUUGGUUUCUGUUGAUUUUGAAUAUAAAUAAUUAUACAUUUACAUGUAUAUCGUCAAAGGUGAAGUGAAAGUAAGAAUCCAAAAUAACACUACAUCCGUAAAGCAAGGCUUGCAAACCCGUUUUUAAAAUAAAACGGACUAUGGAAAAUACAUACCCCUCUUCUUCUAUGCUAUUGACUAAAUUUAAAAAUUUCAUUCUGAAUAUUUUUUGUUGUUUUGGUGAUAUAUAAUUUACGAAAAUGAAGUUAAUCGAUGUCUUAAGUUUAUGGAAGAAUACAUAUAAGUUCCCAAGUCAACGUUCAUAAUCUGAAACUGUUGACAAGCAUAAUUGCUCGAGAAAGUGGAUAAUUUUUUGAGUGCUUGCGUUGGCAGGAACUGCGAUGUUAGAAUUGUAGAUUUCAUUUUAAGAAGAGAAUGUGGCGCAAAUUUUAGAGUAGAUAUGAACAUUCGAAGAGUAGUGUCUCCAAACACAAUAUUUUUAGUGUUACUGAAUCAAGCAGUAUGCUUUUGAUUCAGUUGCUUGAUCAAAAGUCAUAUUAGAACUAAGUAAAUGAAGUUAUCCGCAUAUGUACCAAAUAUUUUAUUUCUUCCCUAUUUAUCGACCAGUUUGUUUCGAUUUGCAACUGACUCCUGGAAGAGAUCUCAUGCCUAAUGAAAAUGGUAAUAUUUUAGUAUGUAUUAGCAAAAGAUGAAAAAAUAUAGGAAAAAUACAAAUGUUCAUUGAAACAUAUCAUUUAAGCUUAGUGGAAUCUUGACCAUUUUACAAAUUGAAUAAAAAACACUAUAUUAUAUGUACAUAAAUUAUUAACCUAGAGUAUUGAAGCUGACAAAAUAAAAGUAAAUAAAAUCAUAUACACAGUAAAAAUUGAAUGUACUCUUAAUUGUACUUACUAUAUAAUUGUAGAAGAAAAAUAUAUCUAAAAAAUCAUAAUUUUUGAAAAGAAAAAUUUCAUUCUGUGUAGCGUUUUGAAUUCAUGCCUGUAUAUUUACUUGUUUCAUAGAUAUACUGUAAAACUAAAGCCAAAGGUACUUUUUUUUAGCAAAUGUAAACUAUAAACUAAUGCAACUGACCAAAAUCGUCGAAUUGUGCCCACUAUAGCAUGAGUUUUUUCAUAAAUUCUAUUACUCGGUUUUUACUUCUCAUGGUUUUCAUAUCUUAGAAAUAUUAAUAUGUUACUAUUUUUUAUCGAUUACGAUUGCCUAGUUGAGAGUACUAUGCAAUUUGCAGUAUUGUUCCGUUCCAAGUGUUCAGCAUUCUCACAUGAAAAUGAAAUAUUCAUUAAUUUUCAACUUCAUUUUAAGAAGUUGUAUCCCAAAAGUUAAUAUGACCCUUGUGAUAAGUUGCUAACGUACAAAUAUUUACAUAUAUCUCAUUUAUGAUGUAUCGAAAAGAAAAUACUGCUUUACUAAAAUAUUUUGCUCACCAUAUCGAAAAGCGACUCGUCUAAUAUGCCUUUGCUGCUUAUUUUAUUGCUAAUGCUAAUACAUAUUUCAUUAUUUCACCGUCAAUUAAACAAUUCAGUGCAGAAAUGAACAAAAAUCUAAGCUUUGUCAAGUUAACUUGUUGUCUGCGACUUUCAUGAAAUCCUUCCAUUCAUUGAAUUAUUUCAUGCUAGAAUUCGCUAAUUAUGCAUAUACUUUACGUCGAUUCUAAAUAGGUUAAUACUUUAAUCAACCAUUGUGAAUCGCAACUUUGCUAACGUGAUCCCAAUCUUUGCUGCCUUAAGUAAAUAAAUAUAUUAGAAAUAAUAAAGUCGACGACCUAAUGAGGAGACGAAUUGAAUGAAUACUCUAAACCCUACUGAAUUGUAGUUGAUGUAAUAACUAAAUGUCACAAAUUUCAGAUGAUAAUGCAAGCCAAAAUAAACAAUAAAUUAUGUCCAACUAAAAAAAUUUUAAUAGUAACAAAAUGCCUACGAGCAGUAAGAACAAAUAACUUAUUCACGAUCUAGUUAUAUUAUUACGAAUACUAUCAAACUCAUAAAAGUAAAGUCUAUCGUAAAUUCGUACUUAUAAAAACAGUCGAUACUGUGAAAAAAAGUGGGAUGAACGUUCGAUGUAAUAUUAAAGCUUUUGUAGUAGCAAAUUUCCUAUUGAACAAGCAAAACAUGAUCUUAACAAUUAUGUUAUUUGAGUGCUAUAUAUUAUGUUGAAUUGUAGCCGAGAAAUAAAUGGAAUCAGUUCUUUA